UGAAACAGCUUAAAAGAAAAAAAGGCAUGGAGAAAGCCGGUCACUGGUUGCAGCUCUUUGUUGACCGACGAAUCACGAAUGCUUAUGAAGUACGAUCAUUCAGCUGUUUUCUUCUCUGCAAAAUUCAACUCCAAUUUCCCUCUCUUCAGAUCUCCAAAAAUUCUCUCAUUUCCUUUUCGACCCAGAAAUGGGUCCAAAUGAAAAUUCAUCCAAGUGUGGUACAAUAGUAACCCAGCUCAUCCAGAUAAUCAAAGAAAUUUCUUCAAUGUCUGAAUGCAAAAACUCCUCUAAACGAAUUUACUCGAAUUUGGUGCGUAGAGUCAAGUUGUUGAGCCCUCUUUUUGAGGAAUUGGUUGAUAAAGAAGAUGAUGAAAUGAAAUUUCUCCCUGUUGACCAGCUCCACGCCUUUGAAUCACUUAAAAUCGCUUUGAUUUCUGCCAAAGACCUGCUCAAAUGGGUUCAGGAAUCCAGCAAACUUUACCAGGCUGUGCAAAGAGACAAAAUCUCAUCAGAGUUUCUUCAUAUAGCAGAGCAAAUUGAAGAAGCACUGAGUAAAGUUUCUUAUAAUAAACUUGAUAUAUCCGAGGAAGUUCAAGAACAGAUUGGACUUGUCCAUGCUCAUUUUCAACGAGCAAAAGCUAGAACAGAAUCCACUGAUCUACAAUUAGAGAUGGACAUAACAAAAGUGCAGGACGAAGCAGAUCCUGAUGCUGCAGUUCUCAUGAGAUUAUCACAGAACCUUCACCUUUUGACUAUGGAUGAUCUGAGGAAAGAAUCACGUGCCUUCCAUGAGAUGGUCAUAACAAGCAGUAGUGAUCUUGGUGAUUCAUUUGAGAUGAUGUCCUCCCUAUUUAAGAAGCUUAAUGACUAUCUGCUGACUGUUAACCCAGAAGUUGACAUGUCUGCUGUUGACAAAAGCAUGAUAAAGCACCGAUCUCCUGUUAUACCAGAUGACUUCCGUUGCCCUAUCUCACUUGAGCUAAUGAAAGAUCCUGUUAUAGUAUCUACUGGCCAGACGUAUGAGAGAUCAUGCAUCCAGAAAUGGCUUGAUGCAGGUCACAAGACAUGUCCUAAGACACAACAGACUCUGUUGCAUACAGCGUUGACACCAAAUUAUGUUUUGAAGAGUCUGAUUACUUUAUGGUGUGAAAGUAAUGGAGUGGAAUUGCCAAGGACACAAGGAGCUUGUAGAAACAGGAGAACUAGCAACUCCACUUCCAACUGUGACAAAGCGGCUAUUGGUGCCUUGCUAAAGAAGCUAGCCAAUGGAAACAUAGAAGAGAAACGGGCUGCUGCUGGGGAGUUUCGGUUGCUUGGAAAAAGAAAUGCAGACAACAGGGUAUGUAUUGCUGAGGCAGGAGCCAUACCACUGCUAGUAGAACUGCUAUCUUCUCCUGAUUCUCGGACUCAGGAGCACGCUGUCACAGCACUGCUUAAUCUUUCCAUUAAUGACAUGAACAAAAGCAUUAUAGUAAAUGCUGGGGCAAUACAAGAUAUAGUAGAAGUCCUGAAGAAUGGUAGCAUGGAGGCGAGAGAAAAUGCUGCUGCAACACUGUUCAGCUUAUCUGUGGUGGAUGAGAACAAAGUGGCAAUAGGAGCAUCAGGGGCAAUCCCAGCUCUUAUUAAUUUACUUAUUCAGGGUACCCCAAGAGGAAAGAAAGAUGCCGCUACUGCAAUUUUCAACCUUUCAAUUUACCAAGGAAACAAGGUGAGAGCUGUGAGGGAAGGAAUUGUGGGCCCUCUAAUGAGAUUUCUGAAGGAAGUUGAUGGUGGCAUGGUUGAUGAGGCACUAGCAAUCUUGGCAAUACUUGCAAGCCAUCCUGAGGGUAAAAUUUCAAUUGGGCAGGCUGAGCCUAUCUCUCUUUUGGUUGAGUUCAUACGAACUGGAUCUCCUCGUAACAGAGAGAAUGCCGCUGCGGUACUUUGGUCACUUUGCAUGGGCGAUGUAAAACAUUUGAAACUGGCAAAGGAGCUGAAUGCUGAGCAAGUACUCAAAGAACUUUCAGAGAAUGGAACAGACAGGGCUAAGAGAAAGGCUUCAAGUCUUUUAGAGUUCCUGGAACGAGUUGAAGAUGCUGCUGAUUAGAACAGCAAGCAUCACUCCAAAAAAGUAGUAGCUUAAUUUUUUUCCUCCAUUACACGUUGAUCACGGAUUCCAUGUACUUACUGUCCAUGGUAAAUAUGCAUAUUUGUAAAUAGAUGAUACUACUAAUUAAAGUACAUUUCUCGCAGCUUGCAGCUUGUGAAUUGUUAUAUCUUACAAUAUGGGCUACUUUUUCAAUAUCAGAUUCUUUAGCAUUUUGUGAA